GGCCAUGUAAUAAUAAGACGAUUCUAGCACAAUUUCACAUGCUUAACAUAUGUAGCACAUCCCAUGUUUGUUAUAUACAGGGAAGGGGAUAUACAGUAGAUGAUUAAUAUUCUAUAUAAAGAUGUCAAUAUAUUAUAUAAGGCAAGGAAUAUAGUCAUUAAUAUACAGUCCGAACUACCUAGAGACCUAGGAGCUUUAUAAACAAAGUGGAACGCAAGCCUAUUUGACCUUUCUCCCUUCCUCUAAAAUCCCAGACUCCCUACCCCAUGGUUUUCCUCCUCUCUCUUCUUCUCCUCUUAACUCCUUCUUCUGCGGAUGUAGGCACAGCUGCAUACUAUUCUACACCGUACACACCUACGGUUUGUUAUGGAAGUGAUACAAGCCAGCUCCCAGCUUAUGGGCUCUUUGCAGCAGCGGGCGAAGGGAUAUGGGACAAUGGAGCUUCAUGUGGGAGGGAGUAUAAAGUAAGGUGCCUCAGCUCUGAAAUGCCAAGAGCAUGCGAUACUGGGCGAACAAUACAAAUUACGGUUGUCGACCGCGCAUCAAAGUUAAGGUCGAUUUCUUCGAGAAAUGGCGCGACUCUUGUUCUGUCUGCAGCUGCGUUUGAGAUGGUAGCGAAUAAAUCUGCUGGGGUGAUCAAUAUCGAGUUCACUCAGGUGUGAAUUCAAGAGAGAUGGUUAAACUGCAAUUCUGAAGAGCUUUAUUUCUUCUUCUUUUUUCCCAAAGUUUCUUGUUGGCUGUUGAGCUGAUUAUUAAUUUACGUGACAUGAUUGAUUUAGUAAAAGUGUAAAGGAUGUCACUUGCUACGUAGUGACUUUUUCUCAAUAAAAUUUUACCUGGACUUGUUGCUGACGAGAUUUAUCACA